ACCCCUAGAUACAGAACCCGGCCCUUGUUGCUGCCAACUUAGAUGGGCAGAAGGGUUACAUUUUUGGGGGCUCGUCCAGGAUCCCCUGGGUCAGUACCCCUCGCAAGCACCUGUUGAGUGUUCCCCUGCAUUGGGAAACAACUGUGGUUAUAUUUUGAGGAAAUUGCUGUUUAUAUCAUGGCUAAUAUGUCGGGUUUGUUGGGCCCCGGCCCUGCAGCCUCUAGCUCAGGGGCCACAGCCUCAGCCAAUGAUUGGGCAAAAGCACUGGGGCAAAUAUUGGAAAAGGUUGUGUUGUCCCAUGCUAGGUCAAACUCUUGUCGUGAGUUAAGGUUAUUUGCUGGGGCAGAGGAGUUCGAACCCUGGUUGGAGCAUACCACUGAAAUGCUGCAGGAGUGGGCUGUACCUGAUGCAGAAAAGCGAAGAUGUCUGAUAGAGAGCCUUAGUGGCCCAGCAUUAGAUGUGAUUCGCACCCUGAAGCUCAUUGACCCUGGGGUCAGUGUGAAGGACUGCCUAGAGGCCCUUGAUCAUACCUUUGGGAGUGUAGAGGGCCCUGAAGACAGUUACUGUAAGUUCAUUAAUUCCCGACAGCAAAUUGGCGAGAAGAUUUCAGCCUAUAUACAGAGGCUGGAAAGACUGCUUCAGAGAGCUGUCAUGAGGGGUGCAGUGACUGCUGAACAGAUGGAUCGGACCAGACUGGCUCAAAUUGUAAGAGGAGCUCAAUAUCAGAACUCGAUUCUACUCCAUCUCCGGCUAAGAGAACGACGGGAACAUCCCCCAAGUUAUUCCCAGCUGAUAAAGGAGGUCAGAGAAGAGGAAGAAAGGCAAGCUGCCAGCGAGUUUUGGGAAGCCCAAACAUUGGAGCCAGCCGGCACAACACCACUGCAAACGGCCAGUGUACUGAUGGUGAGCACCACAGAGGAACUUGCCCAGCAAGUGCAGGUCCUGACAGAACGGAUAGCUGAACUGCAAAGCACCAUUGACCAAGCUAAGACUUCCGGGAAUAAGGAGCCUCUGACCGUGGCGAUGGAGAAGUCAGCAUUUAGAGCCACCAUCCCAUCUGGGCGAAGAGGGAAAGGACAAUUCUUCUGCUACCGAUGUGGUCAGGAUGGACACAGUGCUGCCAAGUGCCAUAAUGAAGAAAACCCCUCCUUAGUGUAUGGAAAGCUGAGGAUCAGUUGGGAGAGAUCCGAUAGCUGCCAGAGAGUCCGGGGACGGGGACCACCCAGGCCUGCAGGAUUUGAAGAUUCCCCCAGAAAAGACUGUCGAGCUGGGAUCCCCGCAGGACUGAUAGGGCCUCGAGCAGAGGUCAUGGUGAAGAUUGAAGGGGUGGAGUGUAAAGCCGUGCUUGACACUGGAUCUCAAGUGACUAUUAUAUUUCAGUCAUUCUACCAACAAAUGCUUAGGCACCUGCCUAUACAGCCACUGACUGGCGUUGGUCUGUGUGGCCUCAGCAUGGAUGAAUACCCCUACCAAGGGUACGUCAUAGUGCACCUGGAAUUCCCAGAGGAGGUUGCUGGGGUAAGAGAAGAGGUGGACACAGCUGCAUUAAUAUGCCCUGACCCUAAAGGGACCUCUGAUGUGUCUGUGCUGAUAGGGACCAACUCCAGUCUCUUCAAGGUGCUCGCGGAUUACUGCAGACGACGGGCUGGGGACCAGUACCUGAAUACCCUGAUGAUCCAUACGCUUUGUGCUGAAGCCUAUAGGAAGAUUGAGGGUGCUAAAAAGGAGUCAUCUGAGCUACCGAUUGGGGCGCUGAAGUACAUGGGCACAACCCCGUUAGUAGUGCCUGCAAGGACGGAGCAAGAAGUGCUUGUCAUGAGUACUCGGCUGAAAGGCAGUAAAGGGGCAUUAGCAAUGGUAGAGCAGCCAGUUGAAGGAGAGCUCCCGGAAGGAGUGCUGGUCCCCAGUGGAGUCAUAACCCUACCUGCUGAAGCCCAGGAAAAGGUGACUAUACUGAUUGCUAAUGAAACAAGUCGAGAUGUUGUUGUGAAGCAAGGACAAAAGAUAGCGGAUCUCUUUGAGCCUGAAUCAAUUGUAAAACCCCAGUGUGAGACUCAAGUUCCGCCAAUAGACCCUGCAAAGUUUGACUUUGGAGAUUCACCGUUGUCCGAGGAGUGGAAAGAUCGCCUGAGGAGGAAACUUUGUGAAAGAUCCAAGGUGUUCUCAUUGCAUGAGUGGGAUGUGGGAUGUGCAAAAGGAGUAGAGCACAACAUCAGACUACAUGACUCUCGACCUUUCAGGGAGAGAUCUAGGAGGAUUGCCCUCUCCGAGAUGGAAGAUGUGCGACAACAUCUUCAGGAGCUGGCUGCGAAUGGCAUCAUUACAGAGUCCCGCAGCCCAUAUGCCUCACCCAUUGUGGUGGUCCGUAAAAAGAAUGGGAAAAUCCGGAUGUGUAUUGACUACCGCACCCUAAACCGCCGUACUGUGGUUGACCAGUACACAAUGCCCCGAGUCCAAGAUGCCUUAGACUGUUUGCUGGGAAGCCAGUGGUUCUCUGUGUUGGAUCUUCGGAGUGGAUACUACCAGAUCCCUCUGGGUGAAGCAGAUAAGGAGAAGACAGCCUUCAUCUGCCCAUUAGGGUUUUAUCAGUUUGAACGCAUGCCCCAAGGGAUCUCUGGAGCACCUGCCACAUUUCAACGUCUUAUGGAGAAAGUUGUGGGAGACAUGAAUUUACUGCAAGUGUUAGUUUAUUUGGAUGACCUGAUAGUGUUUGGAAGAACCUUGGAGGAGCAUGAAGAAAGACUUCUUAAAGUGCUUGAUAGGUUAGAGGAUUAUGGUUUGAAGCUUUCAAUUGACAAAUGCCAGUUCUGCAGGACCUCAGUGAAGUAUGUGGGUCACAUUGUGUCCCAAGAGGGUGUGAGUACUGAUCCCGAUAAAAUAGAAGCCCUCACUACAUGGCCAUGUCCAAGUAACUACAGAGAACUCAAGACCUUUCUUGGGUUUAGUGGCUCCUAUCGAAGAUUUGUGAAAAACUAUGCUACGAUUGUAAAACCUCUGAAUGAUCUUACCAGGGGAUACCAGUCCAGCAGGAACAAAUCUAAGACCAAGAAUAAGGGAAGGUCCCCAAAGCCUCCUGUGCAGAGACACUAUGGCCCCUUCGAACCCUUUGGGCCAUGGUGGGAUGAGAAAUGUGAAAGGGCUUUUCGAGAAAUCAUUACUUGCCUAACUCAUGCUCCAGUCCUAGUCUUUGCUGACCCAAGCAAGCCAUUUAUCCUGCAUACUGAUGCCAGUUUGGAGGGUCUGGGAGCAGUACUGUACCAGGAAGUGGAAGGAAGACGUAAACCUGUAGCCUUUGCCAGCCGAGGACUGUCUGAUAGUGAAACUCGCUAUCCCACCCACAAGCUGGAGUUCUUGGCCUUGAAAUGGGCCAUCACUGAGAAAUUUCGAGACUACUUAUAUGGUGCUCAGUUCCAGGUGUGGACAGACAACAACCCACUGACCUAUGUGUUAACAAGUGCUAAGCUGGAUGCUACAGGGCAAAGAUGGGUGGCCGCUUUGGCUAGCUAUGACUUCAGCAUUCAAUACCGAUCAGGGAGAAGCAAUGUAGAUGCAGAUGCAUUGUCCAGGCGUCCACAGGCACCAGGAGUUGCUGUGAUACCCACAGAUGGAGUGAGGGCUAUUUGCAGUGUGAGUCGCCGGGAGCCAGAGUCCCAUGAGAGUCUUCAUGGAUGUGCUGCAGAAGCUUUGGGCCUGCCCCCUGAAUGCGUGCCUUCUGCUUCAGUGAACUAUAUUGCGUUGGACCAAUCUCCUUUGCCCAUGCUCAAUGCGGCUGACUGGCAGGAAGCCCAGCUGCAAGAUAUUGGCAUUCGUGAUACACUACUUGCCAAAAGAGAGGGGCGAAGCCCAGCUGUGGUUGUCCCACCUAACCCGGAGGGUAAACUACUAUUGAGAGAAUGGACCAAACUAAAACUGAUUCAGGGAGUGCUACAUCGAGUGACCACAGACCCUUUACAAAAGCAACGAGCACAGCUAGUGCUGCCAAAAGAGUACAGAGCCCUGGCCAUGAGGGCACUGCAUGAUGACUUUGGACAUUUAGGGAUGGAGAGGACCCUGGAACUUCUUCGUAGUAGAUUCUAUUGGCCCCGGAUGGCUGAAGAUGUUCGUAGGAAAUGUGAGACUUGCGCUCGAUGUGUUCAAAGGAAAACUCUGCCCACGAGGGCUGCAUAUCUCAAGAACAUCACCAGCACCAAACCUUUGGAACUGGUAUGCAUCGAUUUCUUGUCUUUAGAAGUAGACAAGAGGAAUAUUGGGAACAUUCUAGUAGUGACUGACCAUUAUACACGAUAUGCGCAGGCAUAUCCCACGCGUGAUCAGAGGGCCACCACGGUUGCUCGAGUACUGUGGGAGAAAUAUUUCUCAGUUUAUGGAUUUCCAGCCCGGAUACACUCGGAUCAGGGGCGGGACUUUGAGAGUCAUCUUCUGAAGGAGGUGCUGAGGAUAGCAGGAAUUAAGAAGUCUAGAACAACGCCUUAUCACCCGCAAGGUGAUCCUCAGCCAGAGAGGUUCAACCGAACCCUAUUAGAUAUGUUGGGGACUUUGCGACCAGAGCAGAAAGCAACCUGGAGCCAACAUGUUGCAUAUCUGGUGCACGCCUACAAUGCCACAAAGAAUGAUGCUACAGGAGUCACCCCAUAUCUCUUAAUGUUUGGACGAGAACCAAGCUUACCCAUAGACCUGUGCUUUGGUGUAUCAGAGGAUGGAGAUAGCUAUGAAACUCAUCAGCAAUAUGUAUCCCGACUGAGAGAAAAGCUGCGGGAUGCUUAUCACUUAGCUACAUCUGCGGCUCGGAAGAACGCCGACCGCAACAAACAUCGAUAUGAUGCUAGGGUACGUCUGCAAGAACUCCAGCCGGGGGACAGAGUUCUGCUGCGAAAUUUGGGUAUUGCUGGCAAACACAAGAUAGCCGACAGAUGGAAGGCAAUACCUUACUUGGUGAUGGAAAAGCUAGGAGACCUGCCGGUCUACAAGAUCAAACCUGAAGAGGGUCCAGGGCAGACAAAGACAGUGCAUAGAAACCUUUUGCUCCCUGUGGGGGAAUUGGUAGGCACCCCGUAUGAGAUGGGCCACAACAGGGCAACUGGGCAGAACGAAGGUGCUGGACCAAAGCCGCCGUCCAACGUGGACAGCCAGCCCCCUGCAGCUAAUCUACCCCCAUGCAGCACAUCUGAGAGUGAGUCUGAGGAGGAAGACACAACCAUGGUGUAUCCUGGGAUGGAGACAAGAUUUCAGUCUCGAUCAGCUGAAUCAAAAGAGAGCUCCUCUUCUUCCAUCCUAAACCCCAUGGCAGAAGUAUUUAGGCCCAUUCCUGACACCCCUGAGCCACUGGUGGGACCCCCAUGUGAUGACACACCCAGGUUAUUGGACAGUGGAGAGAUACAGGUGGAGGAUGUCCUGGGCACCUUGGACCCUCCACUGUUAGAACUAGAAAUGCAGGGGCCUAUGCCAGUAGCCGAGGGACCCUCAAAGGAAACCUCUCCAUCCAUCGUUCAAGAGGCUGUCCCGCCCACCACGGCAACAGAGAUUCUCAAUAGACGAGACAGGGUAAUAAGACCAGUAAAACGGUUGACUUAUGAUGCACCUGGGGUAACUAGUGAGGAACCAAUAUGUUUAGCACACAGGCUUGUGGAAGCUAAAGUGGGCUAUCUGAGGCCCUUUGGAGGGAACCAGUGAGUUGUUAUAAUAGGGAGUGUGAUUUGUCGGGACGACAAAUUUUCGGCUGGGGGGAGGAUGUAAGCAGAGUCAGGAUGAGCUCUACCCUGACAUCUGGUGGUGAAUUAUGGCGAGUGUGGAAAAGAACUCCAGGGGCUGAUCUUGUUUGCAUAGGCA